AUGGCAUAUUAUGGAGUGGGAUUGCCAACUGCUGUGUAAGAAUUGGUUUUUAGAUUCAGAAACCAUGUUUGUAAAGCUAAUCCCUAUUGUACAUUAUCAAGAUUAAAAGCAAUAUUCUAAUAAUAUGACAAAAAUGGUAACGGAAAACUAAAUCUAGAAGAAUUAGAUAACUUAUUGAAGAGUGUUGGAAUGUUCUUAAAAGUUGUUGAAUUACAAGCACUGAUUAAAUAUUUUGAUAAAGACGGAGAUGGAUUUUUGAGUUUUCGAGAAUUUUUAACAUUUAUUAGAGAAGAGAUGAAUGAAAGAAGAAAUGCAAUGGUACUCAAAGUAUAUGAGAGUUAACAUAAUACUAAAAUAACAUCAGAUUUUUUAAGAUAAAUUUAUAAGAUUGACAAUUUAACAGAUGGAAUGAAGACAUUUAUCGAUAAUAUUCGUGUAGGUGAUGAAUUAACCUAUGAAUAAUUUAUGGAAUUUCAUGAAGAACUAUCAUUAAAUAUUGCAUCAGACGAAACCUUUACAUCUAUUUUAUCUAAGGCUUGGAAUAUUGAUGAAAAACAAGAAGACACUGCAUUCCAAGAAUAUUUAUAGAAUAGUUUAUAAUAGAUUAAAGAAAGACUAAUAGCAAGGGCAGGUGGUAAAAAGUUUAUAGUGAAUGUUUUUCAAGAGUUUGACACUAAUAAAUCUAAAGAUCUAUCAAUUAGUGAAUUCAUCUUUUUACUCAAAAAGCUUGAAUUAGAUUGGAAUAAGGCAGCAAUCAAUAGAGUCUAUAGAAUUAUGGAUCAAAACAAUAGUGGUUCAAUAGAAGAAUAGGAAUUCAUUAGUUUUUUUACAAAUUGAUAACAUAUAUUAAAAUUAUUUAAGUUAUCUAGAAGAUUAAUAGUAAUA